UAUCAAGUUUUUGAAAUCACACCCAAAUCAAGAAUUCAGUUUCAACAGAUGAUGGAUUUGGACGAGCAAUUCUUUGAAGACCUUGAUUUCUGGAAGACCAGUCCCGUCGGUGAACCCAGUCAAGUGAUGGUGCCUCCCAUGCACGUGGACAAGCUGAAGGAAGCUUUGGAAGAGUUGCAGAUUGAGUUUGGGGUACACAUUGACAACCUCCAACCACUCAUUGACGAAGAGACGAGAGCAAUCACCUCACGUGAGGAGGCCACUACCUUGGCAAGCUUUAAUUACAACGUGUACCACAGCGCGCAAGGGAUCUUGAACUGGGUGACAGACUUCCGCAAAGCUGAGUCUAGUAGUUCCCUUAACAUCAAAGAAAUCAAUGUAGGCACAACUGUUCAGGGACGGCAGAUCAAGGCACUGAAGAUUUCUACAGGGAGCGGUCGGCGUGCUGCGUACACCCAAGGGGGCAUACAUGCUAGAGAAUGGGUCUCGCCUGCCACUGUCAUCAACCUCAUCAAAAAGUUUGUAGCAGCCUUCAAGAGUGGGGACAGCGUAGCCACCCAGUUUUUCAAAAAGUUCGACUGGUACGUUAUCCCUCUGUUCAACGUUGACGGUUACCACUACACCCGCCCGGAGUCGUCCUACAGAGAUCGUAUGUGGCGUAAGAAUCGCCAGUCAUCUUCUUCCCAAUGUACUGGAAUCGACAUGAACAGAAACUAUGGCUUCAAAUGGGGUGGUUCUGGUUCCUCCAGUAACCCCUGCAGUGAAACGUAUAGAGGAGAAUACGCAUAUCAAGCUAGAGAGCUCAGAUUGGUCAAGGAUUGGCUGCUCAACCUGAAGAAAAGUCAGACCUUUAUGAUCCACGUGGAUGUCCACAGCUACAGCCAGUAUUGGGUCUAUCCUUACAGCUACACUUACAGUCAAUAUGAUAGGACCAGAGAUCACUAUGACCUGGGCAGAGUGGCCGAGGCUGCAACAAAUGCACUGACAGCAGUGCAUGGCAAACGGUACACUGUAAAGACGUCUGGGGACUGGUACCCGGCAGCUGGAGCGAGUGAGGACUUCGGAUACGAGAUCUUAGGGGCCAAAUACUCCUACACCGUGGAAAUGCGGGACACAGGACAUUACGGGUUUGAGCUUCCUGAGAAUCAGAUUAAACCUUGUGGGGAAGAAACCUACGCUGGGUUCAGAGAGAUGUUCCGCCAGGUCUUAAAAGAGGUCUGAACACAAGUCAAGACUUAAAACGGGUUGACACGGGAACCGACGGAUAAGAAACUCAUUAUAAAUCGUCCAAAAUUGAGGUUAAUUAAAAAAGGGAAGAUCAUAUAACUCGAAACCAAACUACUGAUGGUAAAAAGAUAAUUUACAGCAUGAAGGAGGGAAAACAAGAUUUUUUUCAGUAAACCCCUCUGAUAGUUUAUCAUGUAGGAAUCUCAAGAAUCUGUAUCUAUCUAAAUCAAAGGGCGAGUGACAAACUGAGAAAAGGUUCUUAAGAAUUCAGGGAAAACGAGACAAUUGUCGCUGGGUGUACAAAACGUUAUGAGUAGUGGGUAAAUUAAGAACAUUUCUCCAGAGUCCCAAAUUGAAAACCCCAAAACACGUCAAUAAAAGUACAGUACUUUACACUGUCAUUUAGAAAGUGUCAUUUAGUGAAAACAACAUGACUAUUACUCCGUUAGUAAGAAAAACUUGGACCAUCAGAAGGAGACAAUUGGACCAAGUAGUUAUUUCAACUGAAAUAUAAAGCUUAUUAAUUAAUUCUUUAGAAUUAAUAAGAUGUUUUUGACUUUAAACGAAGUGAAAAAAUAUGUAACAUAUAUCUAUGAGAUGCGGUGUAUGCAAUGUUGAUGUGAAAUUGUACGUGUGUAAGGCAACCAGGAAACACGCUCCAUUGCAACUGUAGCGCAAGAACUCUUAGGGUCCUUCCGUUUUAUCUGAAAAUUUAAUCCAAAAUGACCCCAAAUUAAGCAAAUCCACGUGGAAUGGAAACGACGACCGUUUUCCUCUAACAGUACGCCCUUCAUUAUGUGUAC